ACUUUGGAAUGAUUCAUCAAAUUAAUGAAGUCGCAAUGGACUUUUCCUUGUCCACCUCGUUGCUGAUCAUUUCAGGAUUACUUCUACCCGUGUUGGCAGGCGGAGAGCAUAGAGUCAUCUGUCCGUGUGCAUCUCGGAAGACCUGCCACGCCAUACCGAAACUGCUACGUAAUGAAAAUGCUACCAUGUACACGGUAGAGUACGGAUCAUGCCAGCCACUCUUGAACACCACUGUCCUGAAGAAGGAGAGAACUGAGUAUCUGGACACCUUGCAGGCCUCUAAUGGCACAGACCAUCAUGCGGCAGGCUGCUCUGGUGAACACUCCAUUCCGAGCGGUCUACCUAGGACGGAUUUCAUCUUGAUUGUUCAGGAGUACAUGUCAUAUGAGCCCAUUCGAAGUCUUCUCAGCAACGUUAUGCAUCAGACCACGCGUUUACUGCGAAUAUCCGGUAUUAAUCCAUCCCAUUUCGAUAUCUCGUGUUCCGUGUGGGGAUUUAUGGAAUCCUUUGGAUUCCUACCACUUCCUGAUCCAAUUUCCCCGCUCCUAGCCACCGGAAAAUAUGUUGAAGUUCUGUUUCAAAAUGAGGAGAUGAGCGCUGGACGCGGGAGCUCGUUCCUGUCAAGAGCUCUCACCAACAUCAACACAGCCAAAACCAAGAGCAAGCGAUACACGUACGAGUCUCUAGAUGACGCGUACGAUCGACUGCUUGGGUUCGAGGGCGUUAUUGAUAUGGUUGUGGACAGAGCGCGCGCACAACCGGGUGGAAAGUGCGUCAUCCUGCUGAUCUUUCCCUUGCGAGUCGACAUUCGUGUAACGGAUCAUGACAUCCAGGUGCUUCGCGCCUGGAACUGCACUGUCCAUGCCAUCGCUCCUCUUACUCUGGAAACGGGUGUUAUGCAUCUGCUGGCGCUAACAAAAGAUACCUUUCUCGAUGUGAGCCUAGAAGACGCACCGCCGGCUCGUUCCAACUGGAAGCCCAUGGGAGAAGGUGAAAAAGCGAGCCUACGGUCUAUAACAACGACGGAAUUUGUACGCCUAGCGUUCUCCACUGGCGGCGUGAUCUUCAACAGGGAAAGAAUGUUCCCAGUGCUCGGCGAGCCAGUGCCUGGGUAUUCGUACGAGUCCUCUUCCCGUGCUCAACACGUGGUGGCUGAGAAUAUGGCAAGGCUUCUGAUAGGUGGCACACCUGAUGCUUGGCUGUCCAGAACGUGCGAAUGUGAUGACGUCAGGCCCGAUCCUGCCAUGUUGAACCCUCACUCAGCGGACACACGCGAUGAUCUACGGUGGAUGUUUUCGAGGUCCAUAUUAUCGCCUCUUCGUGAUUAUGGAUGCUUCGGGCACUGCAAAGAACCGGCAAUGGUCGCUGAAGAUGUCGAUAUAUAUGCUCCCUCCGAUCCACGAUAUCGCGCUUGCAUCCCAUCACAGCUGAGAGCGGCACCAGAUAAUACCAUUACAACCAUGUCCACAGCUGGUCCUGACACCACGCUCAUGCCUUGCCAGGAACAGGAACUCAACUCUUCCACGACAAACUUAAGCUACACUCUACCUGCGAAGCAGGCUGACAUCAUCAUCAUCACGGAGGAAAGCGCCGCCCUGGCAGGCCUGCAUCUGAAAACCAAAGGCUUUCUGCAGACCCUGGAUCACAAGCUGAGAAAAGGCGGCUUCGGAUCUGGAGAAGAUGCUCCGUAUACUAUGCGCAACCUCUACGGCCUGGUUGGUUUCGGCUCGAAUGAAGGUGUUUCUGGGAGAUUCGUUCUAUCCGACUGUUCACCGGCCUAUUUGUUCAGCAUUGAUUGUAUUUCCAGCGCCAUACGACAGUUACUCUACCCAGAAGUAGACAAUAGCACCGUCCUAUGGGACAUAUAUGCUCCCCUGGCGUUUGCUAUUGCUAACACUCCUUGGCGGCUGCAUGCAGUGCGCCAUAUCAUUCUGAUCGUGAACAGCAUGGAUUGGCUCUGGCUUGAGGCGCACGUUAGUGCUCUGGAUGAGCUACUCAGCUGCUACGACAUAUAG